AUGGAAGAUAUAUCAUACUUCCUCGUCGGGAAAGUAGAGCGCAGCAAAGAACGUGCCAAGUCGGCGAAUCAGAUCCUGCCCACCUACCCAUGUCUGCAGCCGUCAGACACGACCGCCUUCCGGAUCGCCCUGGCGAAAUACGUCGAGACAAUACGGAACAGCAUCGUUCAUACCACCCAUGCCGGUGAGAAGCCGGCGGAGCAGAAGGCGAAGCAGCCCGCUUCGCCAGCCCGAGAUGAGAUCCCCGCCUGGUGGUGGAGAGACGUCGUCGUCCGCAAAUCCAUCCUCGACGAGUGUUGCGGAGAACGAUUUGAGCGCCUGAUCCUGGCGUUGUCUAGUCAUGCGAUCCUCAAGAACACGAACACGUCCCAGCCGCCGUCCACAUUGCACCCUCUUCCCGCACAGGGCCAUGCGGUAGGCUGCCAAAUGAACACCCCCUCUUUCAUCUCCGCCCUCUGA